UCUCUUCUUCUCAGAAUCUAAAACCCCUCCCUCCUCUCUUCCUUCCUCUCCCCAAAUCCUUCUGAAACAAUUCAUCAGAAAUCAACAAUGUCUCUCACAAUUCCUUCAAAUCUCUCUAAACCCAUUUUGAAACCCAGGUUAAACUCCCCAACCAAACAACUUAGACCCUCCAUUGUUUGCUCCUCCUCUGGAACAACCCAAGAGAAAACAUCCUCUACAUCGCCGCUUCAGGCUUUCUCAGCUGCUCUCGCACUCUCCUCCAUCCUCCUCUCCGCUCCUCUUCCCGCCGUCGCCGACAUCUCCGGACUCACCCCAUGCAAGGAGUCAAAACAGUUCGCCAAGCGCGAGAAGCAGCAGCUCAAGAAACUCGAGUCGUCGCUAAAGCUAUACGCACCCGACAGUGCUCCGGCUUUGGCAAUUAACGCGACGAUCGAGAAGACGAAGAGGAGGUUCGAUAAUUAUGGAAAGCAAGGUUUGCUGUGCGGAUCUGAUGGAUUACCGCACCUGAUUGUGAACGGAGACCAGAGACACUGGGGCGAGUUCAUAACUCCUGGUAUUUUGUUCCUGUACAUUGCGGGUUGGAUCGGGUGGGUGGGUCGGAGCUACCUGAUUGCGAUUAGCGAUGACAAGAAGCCAGCGAUGAAGGAGAUCAUCAUUGAUGUGCCUUUGGCUUCGAGGUUGCUCUUCAGGGGAUUUAGCUGGCCUGUUGCGGCAUACAGAGAGUUCGUCAAUGGCGAUCUUGUUGUCAAGGAUGUUUAAACUCUGAAAAAUGGGUGGAAGGAAGGAUUUGGGUGAGGAAGAAGCGAGAAGAGAUGGAAGUAGUUGAAGAGGGGGAUUUGUUGUAUGUUAAAUAUGUAAAAGUGUAUAUUUUGUUUCAGACACUAAUUUAAUUAAGAUAAGUUGAAAAAAA